CUAUUGUGUACUCUCUGACUCUAUUUUUUUUUAACGUAUAAUUGGCCUAAACAACAAGGCCUAUUUGUUGACUCACUUCCACCGCCUCGCUGCAAAAAGCAUUGUAGUCGCGGAUUGCUGGCUGAAAUCCAGAGAUUCAAAUUCACUUUUACCCUGGAUACGCCCUAAAUUCGUGUUGCAUAAUCUAGUCAAACAGUUGAGUUGUAGUUUUGUUUUAGCCUACAUUAGGCAUUCGCGCAAGAUAACUGGAUCGAUCUACAGGAAAAUGGCGAACCUAAUUGACAAUGAGGUGUUGCAAGCUUUCAUCACCUAUGCCACCAUUGUUACCCUGAAGAUGCUGCUGAUGGCCCCAUGGACGGCAUAUUUUCGCAUCACCAGAAAGGCCUUUGCCAACCCUGAGGAUGCGGCCCACGGCAAGACCCCUGAGGACAAGAAGAAGAUGUUAAAAACUGACCCUGAUGUAGAGAGAGUUCGCAGAUGCCAUCAGAAUGACCUGGAGAGCGUCGUUCCAUUUGUUUUAAUUGGACUUCUCUACGCUCUGACUGGACCAGAUCUCUCCACGGCACUGCUGCACUUCCGGGUCUUCGUAGUGUGUCGUUUCAUCCAUACCGUGGCAUAUGUAUUUGCUCUCCCCCAGCCAAGCAGAGGGCUCCCCUUUAUUGUUGGUCUGAUAACCACUCUGUCAAUGGGCUACAGGAUUCUCAACAGUGUGAUGUUGCUCUAAAUAGGCUAUAGGCUAUCCACUGCUGUCUCAUUUUGAUUUUUUAUUGUUGAUUUGUUUUUCACAACUAGGACAUUAUUUCCACCUCUUUCCAAAUAUGAAAAGGCCUGUCACAGGCCUCCUGUGCAUGUCGUCUUUUCCAAAUCUGCACUGAACAAAUACUAUAGUCUGUUUAUGUGACUUUUUGUAUCAGGGAUUGGCAUGUUUUGUGGAAUACAUUUUCAGGAAAUGUAAUUCAAAAGUAUUUUGUGUCAGCUUGUUGAGUGUUGUCCCUGAUAAUGUGAUCUGUCAGUGACUCAGCAUAUUGUUCCUGAUAGUGGCCCAUCUGUGACAAUAAAACGGAACUGUGUCAGUGCCAUGUCCAUAUUUCUCAAAUAAAAUUGUCUAUCUUCUUGA